AUUCCCGUCAUGCCUUUCGGAACCUUGUUGUCACAGUAACGCGAACCGGCCUGACUUUUCUCCUGAAGCCUCGGAUUAACCAGCAGAUUUCUUUUAUUUUUAAAUUCGUCGCUAUGUGGUGCCGGGCUUCGGGUGUCCGAGCGGUAAAUUUAGUCCCUGCCUUGUCAGGCUGCCGUACCCUCCAUGUCGCCGCUGGGUUAUCCGCCCAAGCCCAGCGACCGCAGAAAAUGCCGGAGCCGGUAGAAAUCCCCGGACUGGAGCCUAUCACUUAUUGGGACAGAAUGCACUACGUGCCGGGCCUAGCCGACCCCAAAUGCCCACCCUGGGACAGAGGAUGGGAAGACCCGUGGCAUCGCCGGGGUCCCAAAUAUGAGGAAAUGCCGCUGUACAAGGAGAAGCCGUGUUUCACGUUUCACCAGAGAACUAAGAUGUUGGAGGGUGUUAAACAAGCUCUUUGGCUGACCAAAUCUAAAUUAAUAGAGGGUCUUCCUAAGCAGAUACUAAGGAUAGCUGCAGAUUCUGCAAAUUAUAUUGAGGACCAGGAUGAGAGGGUUAAGGCAGCUAUCAGUCAUGCUCGUUUUUGGAGCACCACUGAAAUUCGUCCUAAAAGAAAUCGGUUUUGCCCUGUAUUGCUGCAGAACCUCUUACACUUAUGCAGGAUCUUGCAGCCCCGAUUUCCUGCACUUGGAAACAGGACACUGGCUGAAAAUUACCGUGUGACUGCAAUGUGGGAGAGAGAAUCUGACCUUUUCCGGAUUAGUGGUUUAAAUGGAAUCCUCCUGAGUAGUAAGCAACCUUUACCAACAGGAGCAGGAAAAGAAGAGAUAUUAAGCACUGAAAGUUAUGUCCUUCCAACCUUCUAUCCCAUCUCUCCUAACAUUGACUUGCAACAAACUAAUAUCUAUGAAAUACAUAAUGAUACAGGCUUCCGUGAUGGGUACCCUUUUCCUCACGCGCACACACUGUAUUUUACAGAGUGUUCUGCUCAUACAGCUAGGUUCAAACCUGAGCCACUGAGGGCGAAGAUGAUCAUGUUCACAUUUGCAAAUGCUUUUGCAAGGGCCAAGCUGCUAUAUGGUGAAGAGCCAAAGGUGCUGGAUAAUCCUAUCACAGUACAAUGCAUUGCCACAAAUGGAAGGAUGUUCCAAUUCCUGGUAUUGCAGUUAAAUACCACAGAUCUGCAAUCAUCAAAUGAUGGUGUAAAAAACCUAAUUUGGCUAGAUCAAGAUCAGCUACUAUAUGACUAUGCAAAGUGCCUCCCGGUAAUCAGAAAGAAAAUGAUACAGGUUCCUGCGGGGCUGUCUGGAUAUUGUCCAGAGACAUUCAGUAAGUUCCUUGCCAUGUACUUGCAUGGUGCUGUGUAGAACCACAUGGACAACAGAGCAGUGCUAUCGCAAAGAGUUGUUACAUACCUGGUGGUAUCAGGAAAACAAAGGAUCUUCGUUGGAUACCAGAAAUGGUACAAACUGUAAACAUAUACAAAGUCAUUGUUAUUUCCAAUUGAAGCAAAUGUAUUAUGUUCAGAAGUAUUAUUCGAUUCAUAAUUAGGAAUUUAUA